GUCAGCAUCGCGGUGAAGCAGGCCGACGAGAUCGAGAAGAUCUUGUGCCACAAAUUCAUGCGCUUCAUGAUGAUGAGGGCCGAAAACUUCUUCAUCCUGCGCAGGAAGCCCGUGGAGGAGAAGAAGAUCUUCGCGGUGCAGGGCCCCUACCCCGUCAUCCGCAGCCUGCUGCGGGCCCGGGGCUGGGUGGAGAGGAAGCUCCCUGGGGCCGGCAGCCGGCUGGAGCGGCACUGUGGCAGCCAGAAGCAGCUGCAGGAGGAGGAGGGAGGUGAUGGUGAUGGUGCUGAGCAAGGGGAGGCAGUGCUGGACCCGCAGCUGGGGACGUCCCGCCUGGUGCGGGACCAGGUGCCGUACUUCAUCUGGACCAACCGCUGCGGCGCCGUCGACGGCCGGCUGCUGCGGCAGGACCAGGUGGUGAACCACUACGCCCGGGUGGGCGCCUUCACCACCAAGGAGGGGCUGUGCCUCAACCUGCGAAACCUGCCCUGGUUUGACCAAGCCGACCCCGACACCUUCUUCCCCCGGUGCUACCGGCUGGGGGCUGUGGACGAGCAGCAAGCCUUCAUCGAGGAUUUCCGCCUGACGGCGGCUCGCAGCCUGCUCAAAGUGGCCCUGGAGAGGGCUGGGGAUGUGCCGGCGGGGACGGACCAGCCCCUGGAAUCCGGUGAGGGGCCAGCAGGGCCGGGGCCCCCCCAGCUGGUGGAGGAGGCCCUGCAGGUCUGCGAGCAGCACCUGGGCAGCCUGGGGCACCAGGACAUCGACGGGGACCCCCCGUCCCCCCGCAUGACAGGCAGCGCCUGGGACCGCUUCCUGCGGGACUACUACCGCGUGGCGCACGAGGGGGCCAGGCUGGCACUGAGCGGGGCGCAGCGGGAGCGGUGCCGGGCCCUGCUGCGGCGCCUGGCAGGGCGGCUGCCCCAGCUGGGCAUGGAGGGCGACCGCAACGUCUGGAUCCUCAAACCCGGUGCCAAAUCCCGCGGCAGGGGCAUUGUCUGCACGGCGCGGCUGGAGGAGGUGCUGCGGCUGGCGGGGGGCUGCGCGGCACCCUCGGUGCGGGUGGGCGAGUGGGUGGUGCAGAAGUACGUGGAGCGGCUGCUGCUCAUCUUUGGCACCAAAUUCGAUGUCCGGCAAUGGUUCCUGGUGACCGACUGGAACCCUCUGACCGUCUGGUUUUACCGUGAGAGCUACCUGCGCUUCUGCUCCCGGCCCUUCUCCCUGCGCUGCCUGGAGCCCGCCCGGCACCUCUGCAACGUCUCCAUCCAGCAGCAGUGCAGGCCGGCACGGGGCCGGCACCCUGGGCUGCCCCCCGACCAGACCUGGUCCUGCCGGCAGCUCCAGGCCUACCUGGCACAGGUGGGGCGGGCGGGCGCCUGGCACCAGGUGAUGGUGCCCGGCAUGAAGGCGGCGGUGCUGGGCACCCUGCGCAGCACCCAGGACCUGGUGGGGUCCCGCAAGGGCAGCUUCGAGCUCUACGGGGCCGACUUUGUCUUCGGGGAGGAUUGCCAGCCUUGGCUGCUGGAGAUCAACGCCAGCCCCACCAUGGCCCCCUCCUCGGCGGUGACCAGCCGGCUGUGUGCCAGCGUCCAGCGGGACACGCUGCGCGUGGUCAUCGACCGCAGGAACGACCCCGCCUGCCCCACCGGUGCCUUCGAGCUCAUCUACAAGGAGGCAGCCGUGCCUGUGCCUCUGUACGUGGGGUUGAAGCUGAUGGUGGAAGGCUGCUCCCUGAGGAAGCCAGACCCCAUCGCCGGGUGGGGGCACCCAGCCCACCCCCUGCUGCAGAACACGGCUGUGACAAGGAGCCCGGCUCUGCCCCUCUGUGUGCGGGAGGGCGCGGGCACGGCCGGGGCUGAACGCGGGGACGGGGCUGCGGGCAGGAACCGGGGCCGCCAUGGCAGCUCCUCUGCCGGGCGCAGAGAGCGGGCAGGAAAAGACGCCUCGGCUCCUGCCUGCGGUCGCGCCUGCCAGACAGAGCCGUGGCAGCGGUGA